GAACGCGGGACGGAACCGGCGAGGGGCACCCAGUCACACAGAAAAUCUCCAGUCACCAACUUUUAGCUCCGAUUCAGGAACGUGGGCCUUUGGCCGCCUUUGGUGGGCUCCAUUGUCCUGGAUGCGCCAGAUCAGGAAAAUUCCGACUUCCACAGAGAAGCGGCCCCAGAAAGCCGGCAUUCGAUUCCAGCAAACCUGCCCGUCCAGGACAAUCCCCAUCUAUCUGUGCUGCCGACGUUCAUUUCAAUUCGAUUCAUAUUACCUACCCAGCUACAAUCGUCCGAAGUGUCUCCCGUGUCCACAUAUACUCGACCGACGCCGACUUCUCUUUGCGAAUCUCAUAUACCCAUCCUUUCAUCCGUCCUCUACUCUACACAGCCCUUCAUGGAUUUGGUAAACCAUCUCGAAGGCAGACUUCUCUUUGCCGUGCCCAAGAAGGGCCGCCUGUUGCAAGCCUGCUUGAACCUCCUCGAGGGUGCCGACAUCCAGUUUAGACGCGAGAACCGCCUCGACAUUGCGCUCGUCAAGAAUCUUCCUAUCGCCCUCGUCUUCCUUCCCGCCGCCGAUAUCCCCACCUUCGUCGGCGAGGGCCGUGUCGACCUCGGCAUCACUGGCUAUGACCAAGUUCAGGAGCACGAUGCCGGCGUCCGCACCGUUGCCCGCGCCCGCCGUCAAAGCGGCGAGUGGAGCGCCCAGGAUGGCGAGAAGGCCAAGCCCCAGGGUUGCGAUACCGUCAUGGAGCUGGGCUUCGGCGCCUGCAAGCUCCAGGUCCAGGUUCCCGUUAAGGGCGAGUACGCUACUGGCAAGGACUUGAUCGGCAAGAACAUUGGCACCAGCUUUGUUCACCUUGCGCAAGAAUACUUUGCCCGUCUCGAGCUGGAGCAGGAGGGCCUUGUGGAUGCGGACGCCUCCCAGCUCGCCGGCCGUAAGCUCAAGACUCAGAUCAUUGAGCUCAGCGGCAGUGUCGAGGCUGCCUGCGCUCUCGGCGUCGCCGACGGUAUCGUCGAUCUUGUUGAGUCCGGAGAGACCAUGAAGGCCGCCGGCCUCAUGGCCAUCGACACCGUCGUUGAGUCCUCCGCCAUCCUCAUCAAGUCCAAGGCCCCCAGCAACCCGGAGAUGGUCGAUCUGAUUGCGGCACGUAUUGGCGGCGUUAUUACCGCCCAGAAAUACGUGCUCUGCCAGUACAACGUCGAGCGCACCCGUCUGGCCGACGCCACUAAGAUCACUCCCGGCAAGCGCGCCCCCACCAUCACCUCACUCGAGACCGAGGGCUGGGUUGCCGUCAGCGCCAUGGUAGAGAAGAAGCGUAUCGCCACUGUUAUGGACGACCUGACCACCGUCGGUGCCACCGAUAUUAUUGUGCUCGAUAUUCACAACACCCGUGGCAGCAGGGCAUGAGUGAUUAAAUAUGGAGAAACAAAGGACAUAACUGGCAAAAAUAAAACUAAAAAUGGAGAUAAAAGCAUUUAUUUGAGCCUAAGUUGGAAAUUAGAGCGUAUCUGGGGAUUGAAAUGAGGAUAAACAAGGUUUCGAUGUGUGGUGAUGUGGGUUUAAGAUAUCUGGCCUUCUUGAAGUGAUGUGGAUGCGGAAGAAGAGGCAUAUGCUGAGCUGAUUGUUUCGGUGACCUUUAUUCGUAAACGAGAAACGGCGUUAACGGGGGCAUUCUGAACCAACUUGCUUUACUCGUCGGAUUCGCGUGUCAAAAACAUUACGUAUCAGAGAGGAACAAAAAGUCAACAAUUGGUCCAUUGAACGAAGUCUUCAGACAGUUUUGAGGUAAACAGUUUAAUUUGCUCCUCACAUUUAACUUCCAGGUUGCUUUCUUGUCCCUAGACUCCUCCCUAACAGUCGACAACCAAGACGGUCUAUGAACACACAAGACGACGACCAUAGUACCGAAAAGAAACAGAAAAGCCCAGGGAAAAAAAU